AUGCCAAACCCACCAAUACAAGGCCUCUUUCAUCCAAACCCUGGCACUCCUUACGACAAACUUUCUAGGAGGACAUUCCUUCCUGAUAACAAAGAAGGCAGGGAAGUGUUAGAUCUUCUCGAGAAAGCAUUUGAUGCUAGUAUUCUCUUCACUGUUGGUAAAUCUACGAUCAAUGACAAGGAUAAUCAAAUCAUAUUCAACGAGGACAUAGAACACAAGACUAAUGUCAAUGGUGGACCCAAAGUCUCCGCUACCCUAAAGCUUCCUUGUACCUCUAACCAUUUUCUUUCCGCUUUGAAUAGAAGUGGUUAUCCAGAUCCAGAGUAUUUCGACCGAGUAAAGAAACAGCUAAAGGCCAAGGGAAUUGAGUAA